AUGGCCAAAAGCAAAGGGCCGUCAAAACACUCCCGCGCCGCCCGCCGCGCCACAUCGCCCUCCAUCGACACAGACAAGUCCCUCAAGGACAUGCCGCUCCCGAAACGCACCACGGCCAUGACGCCGAGGCCUUCGGUGCUCGCUGUUCACCGCGCAGCCGGCGUUUCGAAAAAGGUCAAGCCCGCGCGCAAGUCCCGCAUGACGAGCAAGAUGCGCAAACGACACGAAAGGGGACUAGAGAUGGCGGAAGCCGUUACAGAGAGGACAGGCAAGAAGAUUGAAAGGAGCAUCGGGCGGGCGAAGGGCGUCCAGAGGAGGAGCCGGGCCUGGGAGGACAUCAACAAGGACGCCGUGGGAGGGGGCCAGGCGGAUGCACCGAGCGGCGGGAGUCGCUUCGGGGCGCUGAUGGAGGACGAGGCUGCUGACGACCACGACGAGAGCGACGGGCCUGGGGACGACGGGGACGGGUUUAAUCCGGCCAACCCGGGGGCCGGCACGGCGGCUGCUGAUCUGGACGAUGACGACGAUGACAUUCUAUGA